GAGAUUAAAAGACGUGUUAAUUUAUUUGAAUGUUUCUUUCUUUCUUUCAAGUUUCAGUUUUGGAGCUAAAACUCAUGUAAACUCAAAAACAAAGACUGCAACAGAGCUCCCUCUUUGAAGUAUUGAAACGUGACCCGACCCGUUUAAAGAGAUUCACCAUAUCUACCAUUCUUGAUUACCCCAAUUAGUUCUUUUCAUUUUCAGAUCAAAAAGAUGGUUGCCAACUUUCCAUCGAAAGUAUUUCAUAAACCCUUCUUUCCCUCUAAUAAUUCUCAAAAAUGGUUUUUGAGAGUUAUCAAAGAUCCCUCAUGGAUUUUCGAGUCUUCUUGAUUCCAUACUUCCUCUGUUCCAUCAUGUUCUUCCGCAAUUUCUUCAUCGAAUCUUCAGGAUUCCGCAAAAUACGUGGGUCGGUUAUCAGAUUACCGAAUGGUGAUUCCUAUGGUCACCCCUUUGAUCCUACUCGGGUCACCCAGAUUUCAUGGCGUCCAAGGGCGUUUCUGUAUAGAAACUUUUUGACAGAUGCAGAGUGCGAUCAUCUCAUUGAAUUGGCGAAGGAUAAGCUGGAAUUGUCCAAGGUUGCCGAUAAUGAAUCUGGAGAGAGUGUAGCAAGUGAGAUCAGAACUAGUUCAGGCAUGUUUCUUAGGAAAUCUCAGGAUAAAAUUGUUGCUGGAAUUGAAUCAAGAAUUUCUGCGUGGACAUUUCUUCCUGUUGAAAAUGGAGAAGCUAUGCAAGUAUUGCAUUAUGAAUAUGGUCAAAAAUAUGAGCCACAUUGGGAUUACUUCCAUGAUAAAGUCAACCAAGUAAAGGGAGGCCACAGGGUUGCCACUGUUCUUAUGUAUCUUUCUAAUGUACGCAAGGGUGGUGAGACUGUCUUUCCAAGGUCAGAGAUAAAAGAAUCUCAACCGAAAGCGGAUGGAGAUUGGUCUGAAUGUGCGAAAAGGGGUUAUGCUGUGAAACCGGAGAAAGGGGAUGCAUUGUUGUUCUUUAGUCUUUAUCCAAAUGCUACAAUCGAUGUAUUAAGCUUACAUGGGAGUUGCCCCGUGAUAGAAGGCGAGAAAUGGUCAGCAACAAAGUGGAUCCAUGUCAGGAACUUUGACAAGUCCGAGGAUAACGCGAGUGAUGGUUGUACAGAUGAACAUGAGAACUGCGGCAAGUGGGCGGCUGCUGGCGAAUGUAAUACGCAUCGUGAAUAUAUGAUUGGAUCUUCGGAAGGUUCCGGAUAUUGUAGGAAGAGUUGCAAAGUAUGUUAGUAGAUAAAAUUUCUUGUGUGUUUAUCAUUGUGUGGCAAUUUGGUGUAAAGGGAGUUGGUGUGUGUGAUAUAAGUUUAAGGGAUAUGUGAAAAUAAAUACCCAUUUAAAUAUAGGCUAGUUCUUUUUACCAUGUUCCUUGUAGCCUUAUAGUGAAUAAAUACGCAUUAUGUAUUUAUUAAAAUUUCAGGGUGUUAAUUAGGUAUUUCGGGUUUAGGUAG